AUGGGAACCCAUGCUGAUCUGAAGGAGAAGGUCUCCGCAGAGUCUCCCAGCACCACUGAUCAAAAUGGCAGCCAUACAAUCCCUGUCUCUCAGUCGGACGACAAAGUCUUAGAGCCGACCUUCGAUACCGGUCUCAUAUCAUGGAUCCAGGUGAUAGGUUCUUGGUUCUUGUUCUUCAACUCAUGGGGAGUGAUCAACACUUGGGGUGCGUUCCAGACAUAUUAUGAAGAGAAUACAUUGAAGCACAUGUCCUCCUCCUCGAUCGCCUGGAUUGGAUCGCUGCAGGCUUUCCUCCUCAUGCUCUUUGGCGUGGUGACAGGCCCUCUUUUUGACGCAGGAUACUUCCGUGCGCUCUUGGGGUUCGGUACCAUCAUGCUGCCCUUCAGCCUUAUGAUGGUUAGUCUGUCUACCAAGUUCUGGCAAUUGAUCUUAUGCCAAGGUAUCCUACUCGGUCUUUCCGCUGGAUGCUUAUUCGUUCCGUCUGUCGCCAUCCUACCCCAGUACUUCAAGCAGAAGCGAGGAUUGGCAAACGGACUGGCCGCAUCGGGGAGCAGCAUUGGUGGCGUGAUUUACCCUAUCAUGUUCGACCAGUUGCAACGGCGGGCUGGUUUUGCAUGGGCCACUCGAGCCGUGGGCUUUCUGUCCUUUGGAACCUGUUGCAUCUCGUUCUGCAUCAUGCGCAUGCGAUUCCCUCCAAAGGAGAAGCGCAAGCUCGUGCAGCUGUCGGCGUUCAAGGAGCCAGUCUUCACCAUGUUCUGCGUCGGAAUGUUCCUGGGCUUCCUGGGAUUCUACAACUUCCUCUUCUACAUCCAGUCGUAUGCCAUCGACACCAAGAUCGUCAACGCCAACCUGGGCUUUUACCUGCUUUCCAUGCUGAAUGCGGGCUCGACCUUUGGUCGAAUCUGCCCCAACUUCAUCGCCGACCACAUUGGACCGAUGAACGUGCUUCUGCCUGCUGCAACGGCCACUGCCAUCCUGGCCUUCGCCUGGAUUGGUGUUCACAACGUCCCCGGCAUCAUCGUCCUGUCUGUCUUGUACGGUCUCUGCUCCGGCGGCUUUGUCUCUCUCCCUCCGGUGGUGAUGGCUUCUAUAACCAAAGACAUCCGUGACCUGGGAACCCGUCUUGGUAUGCUCUUCGCGGUGACUUCCGUCGGUCUGCUGAUUGGAACGCCCAUCGGCGGAGCAAUUCUCAGCAACACCGGGAAAUAUCUGGGCGUGCAGCUCUUUACCGGGUGCUGCCUCAUCACCUCCUCGGCUAUCUUCGCGGCCCUGCGGUAUACUCGCACUGGUCCUCAUUUCCUGGUGCGGGCUUAA